AUGACUCAAGUAGGACCUUUCAAAGGAUUUAUGGCUUGGGACAAUUCCUCUAUCAUUGACUGUCAUUCAAGUCCAACUGGUGUUCAAAACGGGAUUCAGAAUCCCAGAGACACUAAUUCAAACCUUCUUGAUCUUGGCAAAGUAAUUCAUCAUACUCAAUAUGUCUUCAAAUCUAUGUGCAAGCUAUUAAAUCCUUCACCAAAAUUCCAUUCAACCUGUGACAAACAUAAACAUGAUAGCAACAGCAACAAUAACAACAUUUUCCUUGAAGAACAGAACCAAAACAGAGAUGAGGAAGCAGUGAUAUUGAAGCAUACUUGGAUUAUGCCUCAGUUCAUAGUAUUUAUUACGGAUUUGAGUUUGAGAGAGAAGAGGUUAUCGCGAGAGAGCGAGAGACUCGAUUGA